UUCGUCCAGUUCAUCAUCUCUCUCUCUCUAUAUAUAUAUAAGCCGUUGGAUCCUUUCUCUCUACUUGUUCUUCCUCUAAUAUCCAUAACAAUCAUAAGGAUAAAAUGAAUUUGAUGCAGAAGAAGCCAUAGAUAAAAUGAUGGAGUCGUCGUGUGUUCCACCGGGGUUUCGGUUUCAUCCGACCGACGAGGAGCUCGUCGGUUACUAUCUCCGGAAGAAGGUAGCUUCCCAAAAGAUUGAUCUUGAUGUCAUCAAAGAUAUAGAUCUCUACAGGAUCGAGCCAUGGGAUCUUCAAGAGAAAUGUUGGAUCGGUUACGAGGAGCAAAACGAGUGGUACUUCUUUAGCCAUAAGGACAAGAAAUACCCGACCGGGACAAGGACGAAUAGGGCAACGUUGGCCGGGUUCUGGAAGGCGACAGGAAGAGACAAAGCGGUUUAUGACAAGAAUAAGCUCAUUGGAAUGAGAAAAACACUCGUGUUCUACCGUGGGCGAGCCCCUAAUGGCCAAAAAACUGAUUGGAUCAUGCAUGAGUACAGAUUAGAAUCCGAUGAGAAUGGCCCUCCUCAGGAGGAAGGAUGGGUGGUGUGUAGGGCAUUCAAGAAGCGAACCACCACCGGGCAGUCGAAGACUGCAGUUGAACGGUGGGAUUCGAGCUAUUUCUACGACGAACCGAGCGGAGUCUGCUCAACCGCGAUCGAUCCGCUAGAGUUCAUCACAAGGCAGCCACCGCCGCUGCAGCCGCAGGGGUUGUUAGAGCAUAACAAUAUCAUGUGUAAGCAAGAGAUGGAAGCUGAGAAUGUGAAGUUUAUGCAGUUAUACAAUUCUGAUCCAUUUGUACAGCUUCCACAGCUUGAGAGCCCCACUCUUCCAUUGGUGAAGAGAUCGAGUUCCAUAUCCUUGCUUUCAGAAAGCAAUGAAGAAGACGAUCAGCCAACCAAAAUUAGGGUAAAUAAUAACAAUAGAAACCCUAAGGUGACAGAUUGGAGGGCUUUGGACAAGUUUGUGGCUUCUCAAUUGAGUCAAGAAGAUGCAUUUGAAGGAGAAGGAGAUUCAAGCUUUGGAGCACAAAACAAUAAUAGUAAUAGUAUUAUUAUUAAUAACAAUCAUAAUUCAGAAGAUAUGGCCAUACUGUUGAUGCAGAAUAAUAGAGGGGAUGAUGAAGAGAGCGGUGGUCUCUAUAAAGGGUUUUUAAGUUCAAACUCGGAGUCUGAUUUUGGAAUUUGCAUAUUUGAGAAAUGAAGAGAGAUGGAGAUCAUAUCAGUGAUUAUUUGUUUGGGAGAGGUCUUAUUGGGAUAAUAUUUUAAUAUAUGUGUUAUUAUGAGGGUUAUUAUGGAUCUUGGGAUCAUAUCUCUAUAAUGUAUUCUUGUAAGAUAUGGUUGUGAAAUGAGUGAAAAAGAAAAACUCUCUU